AUGAGUAGCCCGAUGAACGGCACAAAGUCGUCCUCGGCAGCUGAGGCCGCGAAGAGCAUCAUCCCUUACACGUACGGUCUUACUGGGGUUGACAUACCACUCGAUGACAGCCUCACAUACAUGCUAUGGCUCUCGGUAGGGCUACUUUUCCUGGUGAUCCUCUGUGUGCGUUUUGGGCAGAUGGCAAACGCACAGUUACGGCACCUCCUGAAUCUCAAUUCCACAUCUCUACAGCAGUCAUACUGGUCGGAAGAUAGGACCUCGAUAUGGCCGAGUCUCAAGAAGCAAGUCUUCUAUGCCCCGCUAUGGAGAAAGAGACAUAACAGAGAAAUCCAGCUGUCAAGGGCCAUAAAUGUUGGAACCCUUCCAUCAAGGCUUCAUACGGUCUUGUUGCUCGCGUAUCUGUUGAGUAACACCAUUUACUGCCUUCUCCUCGACUACAGCCAGCCAAAAGCCAAGAGCAUCGCCGAAUUUCGCGGAAGAACCGGUCAUCUUGCCAUCGUCAAUAUGGUUCCUCUGGUCAUCCUCGCUGGCAGAAACAGCCCUUUCAUCCCGCUAUUGCGCAUCAGCUUCGACACAUACAACCUUUUCCACAGAUGGAUUGGCAGGGUCGUAGCAGUGGAGACUUUUGCACAUACUCUCGCAUGGGCUUGGAAUGAGUAUGACGCUGCCGGCAUGAAGGGACUUAGCAAACAUCUUCAAGAGAGUCCAUUCCUAGCCUACGGCUUGCUUGGAACAGUGGCCCUGGGUAUCAUUAUGAUUCAGGCACCAUCGACCAUUCGCCAUGCAUUUUAUGAGUUCUUUUUGCACGUCCAUCAAGUUCUCGCCGUGGCCACGAUCAUUGGUGUCAAAGUACACUGCAGAUUAGGCGUUCUGCCUGGGGAGUCAUACAUCGACUGGGUGAUCGCACUUUGGGUCCUCGAACGCUCAGCUCGCUUGUUCCGAAUCAUCUACCGCAACGUCUCAAUGCGUCGAUUCAGCAGAGUUACAGUGGAAGCGCUCCCAGGCAAAGAUGUCGAAGCAUGCAGAGUCAGCAUCGAGGUAGUCCGACCAUGGAAUUACAGGCCAGGCACUCACACCUACCUCUACCUCCCCACUGUCUCCUUUUGGAUGAAUCACCCUUUCUCCAUCGCUUGGUCAGACGAACGCCAAACACCCUACCUCACUCCCCAAAUCGAAGAGCUCUCCGUCACAAAAACCGACGUCGAAUCAGCUAUGUCUGAGCUCCCAACUCGCACCUCCACAACCAUCUCUCUCAUCAUUGCUAAACGCACUGGUAUGACCGCUACCCUUUUCAACAAAGCUCGCGCGUCUCCUAACGGCGUCUUAACGACCUAUGGCUUGGUUGAAGGACCCUACGGUGGUAUCGACCGCCUCCACUCCUAUGGUACAGUCGUUCUCUUCGCCGCUGGUGUAGGCAUAACCCAUCAAAUCGGCCACGUCCGCGAACUGCUCCAAGGUCACCGCGCCGGCACAGUCGCAACUCAAAAAGUCGUCCUGUGCUGGUCCGUCAAGAACACCGAGACCCUCGAAUGGAUCCGCCCUUGGAUGGAUGAGAUCUUGCAAAUGGGCAACCGCAAGCAAGUGCUCAAAGUCCUGCUCUUCGUUACACAGCCAAGGAGUGCGAGAGAAGUUGUUUCCCGCAGCGAGACUGUGCAGAUGUUCCCCGGGCGCUGCAAUCCGGCUGUCAUACUGGGCAAGGAGCUGCCGAAUAGGGUCGGCGCGACGGUGGUGACGGUUUGUGGACCAGGGGCUUUUGCGGAUGAGGUUAGGGGGGCUGUCAGGGGUGUUGUUGGUGAGGGGGCUACAGUUGACUUUAUCGAGGAGUCUUUCACCUGGUGA